UACUUGGCAAAACUGGGAGCAAGGCUGAGCAGCACUGUCAUAUCAACAAGAUACAUUCAUGACCUGCUCCUCUAUCUGUAUACAUAAAAGGCUCAUUCUAAUGUAAAGAGAGCACAACAGUUCAUAGUUUCAGGUGAUUAUAAAAUAAUCAAAACAUAAUUAUGAAUAUUGUAAUGCAUUUCUGCCAAUAGAUCCUUCUGAUUCUCCCUUAAUCCUACUAACUGGUCCUUUAAGCACUAAUAAUAGUGAGGUCCAAGCUGGGACACCGACCUCGUGGUCCGGCUGUCCCACUGAUCUAUGUGGAGUGCACAGUCUCUCAAGUGACAUAAUGUAGCAGCUGCUGAUCAGGUCUUGCCUUUUCAUCUCAAUGUUGUUAAUGGAAACUGUUUCUUGGUCCGUGCCUGGAGAGACUUGGGUGUGGUGAAUAUCAUCACCGCUGUCUGCCUGUGAUUGUUGUUGAGAUUGAGCAGAGAGAGAAAAGAGGAGGGGUUUUCUCCUCUCUGGUGCUAUAAAAGCCUUCUGUGGAUAUCUCUGUUGUACAGCUCAAGAAAAGCUGGCAACUCUACAACCUAGGUGUAUUUUGGGACAUAUGCCUGGAUUACACAGCGCAAAGGAUAUUCAGAAGAAUAUCAACAGUUUCUCUCCUGCCUCACUGUCAACCACCUCUCCUGCCACCACCCUCGUUGAGCUCCAGCCCCUGAUGGCACACCCUAACUUGCCGUCUGACCAUGACAGCACCCAGAUGGACAAGAAGGAGAAGGGCCCCGUGCAGCCAGCUCCCACAACCCUUCAGAGGACCAAGGCCCGCUUCCUUAAGGGAGUCUCCUACUUUUCUGGAGACAUGAAGGUUUUCGGAAAAUGGAUGGAAAAACAGUUUCUCCUGCUGCAGUUGCUCGACUGGGUUUUGCGUGGUGCUGCUCAGGUGAUGUUCGUCAACAACCCCCUGAGUGGCCUCAUCAUUUUUGGAGGCCUCAUCCUGCAGAACUACUGGUGGGCUCUCAACGGCUUUGUGGGCACACUCGCUGCUACCAUUUCUGCCCUCAUUCUGCGACAGAGCAGGGGUGCAAUUGCGGCAGGGCUCUAUGGUUACAAUGGCAUCCUGGUGGGUCUGCUGAUGGCUGUGUUCUCCAAUGCAGGAGACUGGUACUGGUGGCUCCUGCUACCCAACAUCUUCAUGUCCAUGAUGUGCCCAAUUGUGUCCAGUGCCCUGGCAUCGAUUAACAGCCGUUGGGAUUUGCCAGUGUUCACCCUACCAUUCAACAUCCUGGUCUGUCUCCACAUGGUCGCCACCGGCCACUUCAACCACCACUUUCCCCAAGUCCUCAUUGAGCCUCGGUCAGAGCUUCCCAACAUCACCUGGGCUGAAAUCGAUGUAGCCAAGCUGUUCAUGUCAGUGCCCGUUGGAAUUGGCCAGGUCUACGGCUGUGACAAUCCUUGGACAGGAGGAAUCUUCAUCAUCUCCCUCUUCAUCUCCUCCCCUAUCACAUGUGCUCAUGCUGUGCUGGGAUCUGCUGUGGGCAUGGUUUCUGGUUUGGCUCUGGCAGCUCCUUUCGGAGACAUUUACUUUGGCCUCUGGGGAUAUAACUGCGUGUUAGCCUGCAUCGCCAUUGGAGGGAUGUUUUACGCACUCACCUGGCAGGUGCACCUGCUCGCCAUCACAUGUGCUUUUUUCUGUGCGUACCUCGGCUCCGCCAUUGCCAAUAUCAUGUCCAAUUUUGGUCUGCCAGCCUGCACCUGGCCUUUCUGUCUCUCUGCUCUCACUUUCCUCCUCUUAACCACGGAAACCAAGAGGAUUUUCAAGCUGCCGCUGGCCAAAGUCACUUACCCCGAGAAGAACCUGGGCUUCUUCUGGAAGAUGAAGAAGCAGGAGAAAAUGGAGAAGGCUGAGAAAGAGAAGAAGGAAAAGGAGGAGCAGCAGGAAGCCAGAGAAGAAGAAAAUAUACUAAACGAGAAGGAGAAACUGAGGCUGGAGCUCGAAAGAAUGGAAAACAGCGAAGAAUCAGAGGGUAAAAAUGACGAGACGAUUGUCAUAGACCAUACAACUGAGGUGGAACCACGGGACACUGCAGGAGAAAACAACGAAAACAAUGUAACCGAGGUCACUCUUGCUGAUUAUGUGUAAUGUAGAGUGCGAGAGUGAGAGUGAGAGCGAUAGAGAGAGAGCAAGAGAGAGCAAGCUAGUAUCCAAUACACUAACGGCAUCUAAAUGAAAUGACGAAUGUAAAGGUGGAAAUAUUUAUAUUCUUUGAGACCGUUUUUUUUUCACUUCCAAUUAAAAACUCAUGGCAGUUUUUUCUUACUCCACUGGAUGUAAAUGGAUGAUUUGUUGGUGACACGUUGCACAACUUUGUUAUGAUGUGAAAUGUAUAAUUUUUUUAAAAUAAAUUAUUUUCUAAUCAACACUCUUGGUGUCCAUGGUGUGUACAUAUUGAUACAGUUACUGUAUGGUGUGAUACAACAGCUACAUGUAGAGGAGCAAGUCAGUCUUGUGCCAACUUAAAUGGCUGGCUCCGAAAUAGGUCAUUAGCUUUGACAUUCAAAAUGUUCAACUGAUCCUGAUCAAGCAUUAAAUCUCUGGUGCAGUGACACUGUUUAAGUUGCAUAAUGUAACAUUCCAGUGCUUAAUGAAGCAUUUAGUAGGACACUUCUACAGUGAAAAGAUGAUAUCUAAAGUCAUCCGUCAGGCCAAGCAUGUUGAGCAGAUUCAAGCUUUAGUCAAAAGAAGGCAUGGUUAUCACUUGGUUUGGUGGAUGGACAAGGCAAAGUGAUUAAUAAAAAAUAUCUAAAAUUCACUACACUACAAAAUCAAAUAAAGUUGAAAAACCCAGGCUCAACUUGUUUAUUGUUAGUGUGAAAUAUCUAAGACUUUUUCUGUGUUGUGAUGGAAAAAUUCCUUUUCAUUAUGGGUUGAUGAAUUAUGAACCAUUUUGUUGAAUCAAAUGUAUGAACACCUAACCUCUGCCCUAUAUGAUUGUAAUAGAGUCACGAACCAGCCAAAACUCAGAAA